AUUUGAGACUGGACGUCACAUUACAAAGGUCUGAGAGGACGACCUCUGGCGGCCAGUGGAGGUACUGGCGACUCUCCGCCGCUAGCCUUGGUCCUGGACUGACGUCAUCUCUUAAAAUUAGAUUCUCCAAACAUGGCGACUGCAAGGAUGCGAGCGGUCCAUCGCGCCUCAGUGCUAUUUGCCGUUUUAUUCGCCGUGUUACCCUCAACUACCAGCGAAGAACAGGUGCCUCUGAUGCUAUGGACGAGUGAAGGCAGGUCUGCUGCCCCGCCCCUGGCCCUGCCCCCAGCAGGUCACAUUGUGGGCAGCGCUCAGCUGGGCUCUUACCUGGAGACGGCCCUGAACUCCUCCCCUCGCAACCUCCUCCUCUUCCUGCAGGACAAGAUGAGUGUGGAGGACUUCACUGUGUAUGGAGGAGCCUUUGGCAACAAGCAGGACAGUGCCUUUCCUAACCUGGAGAAGGCGCUGCUGUCGUGUUCCUCCUCUCUUGUGCUUCCUGCCGUGUCCGGACUGGCCUCCAGCGCUGUGAUUGGCCAGCUGCAAGACCAGUUGGAGACCUCUCCUCUCUACAUGGACGCUGACACUCUGGCCCAGCUCCGCCUCAACGCCUCUAGCCCUGCUCUGCUGGUGUUCAGACUGCCCUACAGCAUUGGGGCAGACCUGAUGUCAGUGAAGGAGGUGCUUAGUGGGAACGAUGAGGUGAUUGGUCAGGUGAUGAGCAUAAUGAAGGCCCAGUCUGUCCCCUACACCGCCAUCUACACCGCCCUCCGACCCUCACGGGAAGUGUCCUCUGUGGUGUUGGAGGCGGGUCUGGGCGGGGGUCGUUCUCUGCUGCAGGCACGAGGCUACGGGAGAGACCGCAACAGGAACAGGGAGAGAGAGAGGGAGAGGGAGAGAGAGAGGCCUGGGCUUUACCCUCCUGUGGAGUUCAAGAAAGACGGAUCAAGCUGCAUUCUGUUGUGGGCGGGGAACCUGUCGGUCAGCAUCCUGCGGAGUGGCCGCUGGGAGGGGCAUGACCUCACCCCCACCACCUUUGGAGAGGGCGUCAUCCCCAGGCUGCACGACUCGUCCUGUGACAAGUCAACCUCCAGACUGGUGUUGAACUACGAGAACGUCCUCGGACAUCGCUCCUUCAAGCUGAUGUUCAUCAUGAAGCAGAGGCACUUCCCGGUGUCUGCACGGCGCUGGUUCACCCUGGACACGGUGGAGCUAGAGUAUGAUGGCACCAGGGCCACAUUUAACGGCAGCCGCCACGUCUACGCACCGGCAGAAUACUCGUACCGGUGUGAGUACGUCCGGAGCUCCAGCUACCCUGCACUGGUCCCGCGCUCUGACAAGGACCCCGCCAACCAGUGGAGGGUCUCCUUCCAGGACUUCCAGAUCCAGGGCUUCAACGUUACGGGCAGUGACUUCUCCUACGCCAGUGACUGUGCCGGCUUCUUCAGCCCAGGGAUCUGGAUGGGGCUGCUGACCAGCCUCCUCAUGGUCCUAGUGCUCACCUACGGCCUCCACAUGAUCAUGCAGCUGCACACCAUGGACCGCUUCGAUGACCCCAAGGGCCCAGCCAUCUCUGUCCCCCAGACAGACUAACACACACACACACACACACACACACACACACCCACACACACACACACACACAUACAGCCAUCUCUGUCCCCCAGACAGACUAACACACACACACACACACACACACACACACACCCACACACACACAACACACAUACAGCCAUCUCUGUCCCCCAGACAGACUAACACACACACACACACACAACACACACACAUACCACGCACACACACACACACACACACAUAACACACAGACAGCCAUCUCUGUCCCCCAGACAGACUAACUGUCCUACUCCGCCCUGUGUGUGUCCUAACUGUCCAUUGAGGGUAGUGAGAGCUUCUAGUGGCACUGCUGUUGUUGUUGUUGUUAUCAUUAUUAUUUAUUCAGAAGGGUGGUGAGGUCAUCCCUGUCGUGACCAUAGCUUCCAUGUUUACACCUCCAUGUUAUCUGAGACUAGGCUCCUCCUCUCCACAGCUGGGACCAGUGGUGUCAGAGAGAAUCUCUGUAAACAGGAAACCAGCUCUGUAAACAGGAAACCAGCUCUGUAAACAGGAAACCAGCUAUGUAAACAGGAACUAAGGGAGUAAUCUGAGAAGAGUAGCGACAGUCUGGUUCAGUCAGUUAGCGACAGUCUGGUUCAGUCAGUUAGCUGGGCAUUGUACAUAUGAAGACACGUAAAUCAUAUGCAUAUUAUGAAAUGUUAUUUACUGGUGAGACUUGUUGUCAUCUUGUGCUUUGUUGUGUACGUGUUUACACAAUGUGUAGUCUUGUUUAGGUGUUUUUUCUGAAACUGUAGGAUGGUUCUGUAAACUACUUUCAAUGUUACUAAAGGGAGGAACCUGCACCUGAGGGGAGCUCAGGGUUAAGGGCAGGGUGUGUUAGCCGCCAGGUUAAAUAGGAAGCUAUCUAAAUUCGAUAAGAUAUUAAUAAGAUACAUUUAAAAAAUUCAAAAACACCAACUUGGAUGAGGGUUGUUGACCUUGUUAAGCGGUCUAUUGUCCAAUCGUAUUUUUUUUACUUCAAAAAAAUUAAUUAUUUACCCCAGAAUAAAACCAGGUCCAGCUGCGAUCUACUCGUGGUGAUCUUCCCAGGUAGGCCGCAAGGUGAACCACGAAAAGUCUUUUAGAAAAUGAUUCCCGCUCCACAGUCUGGCAUCUACACAAUCUUUAGCUCAUAAAAAAGAACGAGUCGUGCUAAGCUACCAAAAAAAAGUUUGGCGCUGAAAUUCCAGUCGAUUAUCGUUGCGUCUAUGUUUUAUGUAGAACUAGUUUCUUCAGAGCGUAAUAGGAUUUUGGUGGCACGGUUCGACACGUGAUCGUUCUACACCAAUAAGGUAGCUGCUUUUUGUCAACAUGGAUGGAUAUGUUUGGCAAAUAGAGGAUGGGACAUUGCACGUAACAGAAAUUCGGCCCCUGACAGUGUUUUGCAUGUGAUACACUGCGGCUGCAAAAGUGCGUGUGAGACAGGCAGAUGUUCAUGUUUUUCUGCAGGACUGUGUUGCACAGACUUAUGUUGUUGUUAUAAUUGUGCCAACACAAAAGAAACUGAGGAACUGGAAGAUAACUGUCCUGACACUGAGAGUGAGGACUGAGUGUCCUUAAUCUGUUAUUCCUUAUUCUGUUUUGUACAGUUUUAUAUAUCAUAUUUCAUAUUUUUCAUAACGACUGUUUUUAUGGUUGAUCAGUGUUUUCAUUUGUGGAAGAAUGAAUGAAUGUUACAACAACGACAUAAGUCUGUGUCCCCCCCCCAGGUUAAUGUAAUAGCCUAGUUUAAUAACUAAUAUAAUAUUGCACAUAUUUUCGUACUAUUUCCCCUAAAGCAAUAAGGUUAGGCUACUUAGAGACCUACCGCUCAUAAAGUAUGUUCUAAAUGGCAUAAAUGCUGCCAAUUAUUAAUUGACGUAUGAAUAAUUGAUAGUUGGUCAGUAGCCUAGCCUAUCGAUUAAGGUACUCGAAAGCAUGUACACUGUCUGCUUCAUUUGAGCUUGAUAGGCUAAGCAUUCUGUAGCAAAUAAUAACAAUAAACCCACUAUUUAUUAAUUAAAACUAGUUCUGCAUAGUAAUGCACCGAAAAUACAAACGUAAGCAAAGGCAGCAAUCGCUAUCGAAUCAACAGACAUGUGCAAUUUAGCUAGCAGGGGAAUAAUACAAACAACGAAGAUCACCAGUUAACUUAAUAAUACAAUAACAGGAUUAAAUUAACUGACAAGUUAGCUAUACUACUUCUCAAAGACGCACAAUCUCAACUGCGGUGUGAAGCGCGUAUCCAUGCUAUUCUCCGACAUGCACUCUAACAAUCACAUAGACGUCCUAACAUUUUGUACAGCCCUAUUUCUGAUACCAUGGCGGCAGAAAUGUAGUCGUGGCGGGCCGCCACGGCAAAAUAAACAUAGGAAACACUAACGUGCAAGGUCCCAUCCUCUAUUUGACAACCAUAUCCAUCCAUGUUGACAAAAAGCAGCUACCUUAUUGGUGUAGAAUGGUCACGUGUCGAACCGUGCCACCAAAAUCCUAUUACGCUCUGAAGAAACUAGUUCUGCAUAAAACAUAGACGCAUCGACAAUCGACUGGAAUUUCAGCGACAAACUUUUUUUUGGUAGCUUGGCAGGACUCGUUCUUUUUUAUGAGCUAAAGAUUGUGUAGAUGCCAGACUGUGGAGCGGGUUGAAACGUUAACAGGGUUCACCUUACGGCCUAAGGGGGUUAUCUACCCAGAUGGUGAUCUACCCAUCUACCCAUCUGGGUAGAUCACCAGAGGGAGUCAGUUGGCUGAGCGGUGAGGGAAUCGGGCUAGUAAUCCGAAGGUUGCCAGUUCGAUUCCCGGUCAUGCCAACUGACGUUGUGUCCUUGGGCAAGGCCCUUCACCCUACUUGCCUCGGGGGAAUGUCCCUGUAGUUGCUGUAAGUCACUCUGGAUAAGAGCGUCUGCUAAAUGACUAAAUGUAAAUGUACCCUGGCUAUCUACCCUAGUGGUGACCUACCCUGAGGGUCAUCUACCCUGGCUAUCUACCGUGGCUAUCUACCGUGGCUAUGUACCCUGGUGGUGACCUACCCUGGUGGUGACCUACCCUGGUGGUGACCUACCCUGGCUAUCUACCCUGGUGGUGAUCUACCCAAGUGGUGAUCUACACAGGUGAUCAAAAUAGGAUACUUUCUAUUCUGAUAAACCAAUGUUUUUAAAAUAUUCAGAGUUGGACAAAAAAGGAAACAACUGUUAAUUUUAGUUUUUGUGAGUUGUUUAUUUGUGUGAUUGGAGGUGUGUUAGAUGAGGUUUGGUGUGAGGCCCUUACUGUAACCCAAAUUGUAACCCAACCUAAUAAACCAGCUUGGACUGAA